CUCCAGAUGUGCACUUUGUCCUUGAAAAAUCCUCCUGUUACGAGCUCUCCAUGUGAGGUAAAUCAACGCUUCCCAUACUGCUGCUACUAUCUUCUUCUGAAAGCAUUUCCAAUGCUUCCUCUGAAUACUAUCAAAGACUUGCUGCACAUUCCCUUGCGGCAGAUGAAUUCCAAGCCAAUCCAACAAUACUUGCCUAAUAGUUUUGAACCAGCUGCAUUCAGCAAACAAGUGUUUGGCAGUGUCACUGAUGAGGUACAUAAACAGCAUGUCGCAUCGUCUACUUGAAUGUUGAGCUUGAUUAGUCUACUUUUAGGUACAUAAACCCAGAAGUAUUCACCCCAGUGCAGAUGAAAACAAGAAAAGGGUGACACACAUAAGAAUAUCUGUGCAAAUUGUAGGCUAACGACAUAUUUAUAGCCAGGAUUUUUAUCUCCAUCUCCCUAAAUAUCGGUCAUCUGAAAUAAGACAUUCGUAGAGAGUGUUGGCCCAAUGUGCUCCAUCUCAUCAUCCUUGUUUUUUCCCCGCAUUUACAUCACCUCUUCAUAUAUCAAGACAAUGCCUUAGGUUACAGCCGACUCAUAGUUGCUACCGACGAUAUGCUUUCCAUAAUCAUGGUAACAUUACCCUUUCAAUCCAUGUCCAAUCAGCAUCUCCUCAUCCGUACAGUAAUUUGCAAUCCGGCUGUAGUGCUAUUGCUUCAUCAAAUGAUGGAACAAUAUCGGUGAUUAAUAUUGAAGAUGUCAUGGAAAAAGACUGGUCAUUUCUUGAGUAUCUAGAUUCCAGCGAAGAGCAUAAGCAAAAAAUUGAUAAGAUCAUAGCAGCAGGAGAGAUUACGGAGACUUCUAAGGUUCUGAUUGCAAUUAGUUCUAAUGAAUUUGUUGAUAGAGUAGUUGAUCUAUCGAAUUUCAUGCAAUUAUUUGUCGUUCAUGGCUCCAUUUUCAUGUUAGCGUGCAUCAAGGAAAAAUAUGACAUGGUUAAGUGCUGGCAAGGAGAACUGAUAUACGUACCAGAGAAGUGGACACCUUUUGAUGUUGUUUUUCUCUACUUCCUUCCUGCAUUGCCGUUUGAACUUUGUCAAAUUUUGGAAGCACUAAGAAAGCGUUGUUUGCCAGGUGCAAGAGUUGUGAUUAGUCAUCCACAAGGCAGGCAAGUGGUUGAAGAACAACAGAAAAAAAUAGCCAGAUGUGGUUGUUUCUAAUUUGCCUGAGAAGAUGUUGCUGCAAAAUGUUGCUGCGGACCAUUCAUUUGAAUUAGUCAAAUUUGUAGAUGAACCUGAUUUUUAUCUUGCUAUUCUGAAAUUCGAGGCAGAGAGAGCAUGAACGAAUAGGUUCUUCUCUUUAAACUUUAAGAUCGUUCGAGGAAAAGAAGCGGCAAUAUGAUUACUGUACUAGAGAUUAGAACUUAAAAAGGACAAUUUUGCAUUUGUUUAAUCGUUAUUUCAGAACCUUAAUGAUGCAAGUAAUGUAUCGACCCUCAUAUUCGUUUUGUGAAUCUUACUUAAUUUUCCAUUUUAAACCUUCCUGUAGUUUUUGUA